GAGCUAACGUGCGUCUGACGUCACAUGUUGGGCUUGUGUGCGGGUGUCAAGUCGCCUCUUCAUGGACAGGUGAAAGAAUGGGCUAUUUCUACCUCUUCCCGCUCGUCUGCGUCGUAUUCCUGCCAUUAUGUUAUUCCUCAGAUUACUGCGAGUACCCUCUCCUAGAUGAGGCAUCACUAAGCGCAUCAUCUGAGUUACACACCAGAGAGGCAGACAAGGCCACAUUGUACGGAGAGCUAGCAUGGUCAGCCCAAGAGAAUAACUACUAUCAGUAUCUUAGCGUGGAGUUUCAGGAGAGGCAGAAUGUGACUAAGAUAGCCACUCAGGGUAAACAGAACACAAGAGAGUAUGUCACCGAGUACAUUUUACAGUACUCAGACAAUGAGGAUGUGUGGAUUACUUACAGGGAUUAUUCAGGUCACGCGAAGGCCUUCCCUGGCAACAAGGACGGCAACACUGUGGUCACCAAUCUGCUCGAGACCCCAAUUAUUGCACGCUACAUCCGCAUCAAGCCCUCAAGAUGGAGGGACCGGAUCUCCUUGCGGCUCGAGCUCUACGGCUGCUCCUACAAGCACGAUACAGUCAGCUUCCGCGGGAACUCCAUGGUGAUCAUGAACUUUCACCGUGUGCCUGUGGCCUCCUUGCGCGACGACAUUCGCUUCAGGUUCCGGACCACACACCCAGAUGCCAUGAUAAUGUACAGCCGUGGCACUCAGGGGGACUACCUCUCACUCCAGCUCGUGCAGAACAAGAUGGUCCUCAAUGUCAAUCUGGGUGCUUCAGCUCCCACCACAUCCCAAAGCAGCAACAUGUUGGCGAACAGCUUGGAAGCUGCACAAUCUGAAUUUGACAGCACUGAAGGAUGGGGGUCAAAAGUAAAGAGCACCUUUUCUGUGGGAUCACUCUUGGAUGACAACUCCUGGCAUGAUGUGGAGAUUCGCAGGGAGCAGAGGAACAUUACCUUCUUGGUCGACCGUGUCAGGAUUGACGACAUAAUCCAUGGUGACUUCAAGAGGCUGGAUCUUAAUAGAGAGUUUUAUAUUGGAGGUGUGCCAAACUUGCAACCAGGGAUGGUGGCAAGAGUGAACUUCACUGGCUGUAUAGAAAAUCUUUUCAUCAACGGCACUGCCAUUAUUCCUGAGAUGCGAGACGCUGACGAUUAUUACUCUUAUUAUUACCAACGUCCCAAGUACUCGAAGAUCAACAUUUCGAGCACGUGUCCUUAUGGAGACUCCUCUGACCUGACCAUGACCUUCCUGGAGCGAGAGGCUCAUCUCCGCUACCCAGCCUUUGAAGAUCAACGCUCCAUCAAUGUGUCUGUGGAGUUUAGGACCUACGAGGAGUCAGGCGUACUUAUCUAUCACAAGUUUUCUACAGCAGGCUACUUCAAGCUCUACUUGGAAGAUGGCAAAGUAAAAGUCGUGAUCUCUUCGGCAAAGACCCCAGGCACGGUUGUACUCGAUAACUUUGACAUCACUUACAAUGACGGCCAGUGGCACAAAGCCAUGUUCACGGUUUCUGAGAACAGCAUGGAACUCACAGUGGAUGAUGUCCCUAUGAAGACCACAAGGAUCAUCUCUGUAAUUUCUGGCAAAUACUUCCUUGUUGGAGGUGGAGUCUAUGGGUCGGAAGGCUUCCUUGGAUGCAUGAGACGUAUUUCAGUGCUGGGAUUCAUGCAGAAGCCCAAAGAAGAAGAACUAAGUGGUAAGCAAGGCAUUGUGUUGUCUGCUUGUCAGAUAAUGGAUCGUUGCAACCCUAAUCCUUGUGAACACCAUGGUCGUUGCAAGCAGAAUAGCAAUGAAUUUUUCUGUGAUUGUUCAGGAACAGGGUACUCAGGUGCCGUGUGCCACACCUCCUUGAACCCCAUUUCUUGUGCUGCCUAUGGAAUGCAGAAUCCUGGAUCCAAACGUGCUGAAGUUUUUAUUGACGUUGAUGGUUCUGGGCCUCUGGUUCCCUUCCCUGUCACAUGUGAAUUUUACAAUGAUGGCAAAGUGUACUCAUACCUGGGCCACAAGCAUGAGAUGACAACAACUGUGGAUGGCUUUGAGAGGAGAGGGUCGUAUGUGCAGAACAUCAUCUAUGACACUGAAAUGGAACAGAUUGAGAUCUUUGUCAACCGGUCUACCAAGUGCCGGCAGCGCAUUCAUUUUGAGUGCCUGAAGGCCAAGCUCUUUAACUCGCCUUCACCUGAGGAUCAGGACUUCCAGCCCUACACCUGGUGGGUCUCUCGCAACAACCAGCCCAUGGACUACUGGGGAGGAUCUCUGCCAGGGUCUCGGAAGUGCGAGUGCGGUCUCAUGGGCACCUGCGUUACUGGCAAAUGGUGCAACUGUGAUGCAGGCCUAGAGUCGUGGCUGUUUGAUAGCGGAGAGCUAUCUGUGAAGGAGCAUCUUCCUGUAAGACAGCUGCGCAUAGGAGACACGGGCUCACCCCUGGAUGGCAAGAAGGCACGAUUCACACUUGGACCUCUCAUAUGUGAAGGAGACAACAUCUUCGACAACGUGGUCACCUUCCGGAAAGCAGAUGCCACCAUAAACUUGCCACGAUUUGAUAUGGGGCAUUCAGGGGACAUUUACUUUGAGUUCAAGACCACGGGCCGCGAUGGAUGCCUGAUCCAUGCGAGGGGCCCGACAGAUUAUAUUAAGGUCUCCAUUGUGGGUGGCAUGCAGCUACAGUUCCAGUACCAGGCUGGUUCAGGGCCUAUGAGUUUGAGUGUCGAAACAGCCUAUGUUCUGAACGAUGACAAAUGGCACUCAGUGUUGGUUGAGCGAAACCGUAAGGAAUCCCGCAUGAUUGUAGACGGAGGCGGAAAGGCUGUGCUCAAGGAACCCAGUGGUCCCGUGCGAGCAAUACACCUGGAAUCGGACUUUGUUGUGGGAGCCACUUUGGAUUACCGAGAUGGCUUUGUGGGCUGCGUCCGCGCUCUGGUCCUCAACGGGGAACUGCAGGAUCUCAGGGGAAGAGCCGAGCGGGGAAUGUAUGGGGUUCAUGCAGGCUGUGUUGGGAAGUGCCAGUCCAACCCCUGCCUUAACAAUGGAACCUGCCACGAGGGCUAUGCCACCUAUGAAUGCGAUUGCCGCUGGACCGCCUUCAAGGGACCAAUUUGUGCUGAUGAAAUUGGUAUCAAGAUGCUAACAGAUACAAUGGUGAGAUAUGAGAUUCCUGGCACCUACAAGUCUACCAUUGCCGAGAAGAUCCGUGUGGGCUUCACCACCACUAACCCACGAGGAUUCCUCAUUGGGUUAUACUCCAACAUUACAGGAGAAUACCUCACCCUUGCUAUCUCCAACUCAGGUCACUUGAAGGUCACAUUUGACUUCGGCUUUGAGAGGCACGAAAAGGUCUACGGCAAGAGGACUUUCCACGAGGGACAGAACCAUGACGUCAAGCUCUACCGGUCGGACUCGGGGAGGAAGCUCACCAUGCAGGUCGACAACUAUGAGCCCAUCACCUGGACCUUUGAUGUGAAAGGAUCAGCUGACGCACAGUUCAACAACAUUCAGUACGUGUACAUUGGCAAGAAUGAGUCCAUGGCUGAAGGCUUCACUGGUUGCAUCUCGCGGGUGGAGUUUGAUGACAUCUACCCCCUUAAAUUCUACUUCCAGCAGGACCGACCCACAACCAUUACAGCUGCGUCAACCUCAACCAUAUUCGAAGACUACUGCGGCAUCGAGCCCAUACGAUAUCCGGAGGAGGAGACGGAGACGAGGCCGCCACCAGAAGUGUCAAAAGAAGUCCUUAUGGAACUCUACGCAGACAACUCGGCGGUCCUUGGAGGAGUUCUGGCAAUCAUUUUUAUUGCACUGCUGUGCAUGGGGUUCUUAAUUGGCCGAUACAUGGCACGGCACAAAGGUGACUACCAGACCCACGAGGCGGAUGGGGCUGAUGCCGCACCGGAUGCGGACUGGGCGGUGCAACACUCCAUGACGGGACACCAGGUCAAGAGGAACAUGGAAAUGUACAUCUAGACAACAGUGGCUUCAUGCCAUACGAAACGCAUACCGAGAAGAUAAACGAAAGAAAAUGUAGAGAUAAACUUCAAGAGUACAACACAAGUUCGAUUGUGUUAGGUGAGGCGCUUAGUGCACAUGAUCAUGUAGGUCACAAGCUAGAACUAUGAGGAAGGUUUAUCGUGAUGUAAAUUUUUAUUUUAUUUACUUAUUUAUGCAUAUUUAAAGAGAGUUGACACUGAGUAGAUUACUAUUAUUCAUAAAAUGCUUAUGAAGGAUUAUAGCAUAGUGAUUGAUCAUAAUUUAAGACAAUGAGGGGAAGAAAAUCCUUUCCAGACUAUCUUAUUUGAUUAUUUAUUAUUUAAUUAUUUUCUGUGGCAGUUCUUUCUCAAAAUAGGUUUGGGAACUGAAUCCUCCGCAUGCUAAACAUUUUGUUCAUAGACUGUUUAGCAGAUGUUUUCUUUUUUGUAAUGAUCAAUUCUGCAGGAAGGUCCCAGAAUUAGUUAUGAGUUAGCUGUAUGUGUUAAAGGUUGGUGAGAUUCAACAGUUGAAUAUCCGUUGGUGAUUAGCAUAAUAUCAGGGCUCUCGGGGUCUGAGCACAAGCGGGGGAAUACAAGAGCAUAUUUCUUUCUAAUUGAGGAAUGAAAAAGAGGUAUGCUUGGUAGAGUUGUCGGUUAGGAAUUUGCAGUGCUUGUGACUAAGGUAACAAGUUUGACAAGCUCGUAAUAUUUGUCAGGGAUAAGUAUUUGUGGAUUAAUUCUUUAUUGACUGAGCAUAGUACUUAAAUAAAUUAUGAAUAAUUGUGUAAAUCAAGAAUUACCAGUAUGUUUAUGCCUUCAUUUCUGAGUUUUUUAAGCAUCUUUCUGACAACUUUUCCCUUACGUCAGUCCAGUCCCCUUUAGAAAAUCUGAUGUUGCCUGUGUUUAGAUCUAAUGGUUCUUGUGCUGGUCAUGAAGGGUUUCCAACUAAUAUAAAAAGCCAAAGUUGUUACACUUCCAUUUUAUUUCUUUAUUAUUGAUAAGGUUUAUAUUUUAAGGAGUAAUCUUAAUGUUUUUCUGUCUACUUUUAUAUUUUAACCCCUAAAAGGAUGGCAUCUAUAAUAUUACAAGGAUAUAGGUGAACACAGGUCUCAGGCAGUGGGUUGCAGUUUGGGGGUAGAUUUGAUGUCUGGGCAGAAACUGGUUAUCAGAAAGCACUACCUGGCAUCUCUUGCCUCUUACCAGCAUGUUAGUUUUGCAUCAGGCUGUCAGUCAACUGCAGUGAGUGAAAAUGUUUUACUCAUCAACUGUAACUAGCCAUCCAUUUUGUUCUUUCUUAACUAUUAUAUACUGAAUAUUUUUACAAGACAGAACAUGUUUACCAAGAGUUGGAGAAAUAUGCUUUUGUGUGAGCAUUACAUUGUAGCCCCUUCAUCAGGGGUUGAAAUACAGAAUCUCAGUGCAUAAACAUAUAUAGCAAUAAGAAUUUUAUUUAUCAGUUGUUUUUCCUUCCGUCUCAUCUGUGAUCUUAAACUAGUUUUUUUUUUUCUAGAAUUGGCAUUUAUUUUAUUUUAUAUUUUUUAUUUUUAUUUUUUUAUAAAUUGCAAUAUGUUAGUGUAAAGAUCUGUUGGUUCACCUAAACAUUAUUAAAGCAUAACAGUCUUUACAGUAUUAAAUGUUUCCAUCUUUGUAAUUUAUGGAAGUAUUAUUAUAAGGUUGUGAGAUCAGCAUUAUGUUGUUUUAUGUAUAUUUUUUAUCAUAUUUUUAUCUUUACUUGCAACUGGUUUCUGUACAAGUAGCCACAUACAUGUUUGUGUACAUUGUCUCCAUUAGCUAUGAAUUGAGGAAUGUUUUAAUUGUUUUUCAUUGCUUUUUAAUUUGGAGAAUGCAUCACAAAAAGUCAUUUAACAGAGAAUAGCUCUUGGGUGUCAUUGCAAUCAUUGUCGGAGUGGUGUAGUUGUGAAAGCAGUGAACCUGAAGUUGUGGUCACAUUGAACCUGUCAGUUGGAUAACAAAAAAACUUUGCUCACAUUUUCUCUUUGGCCAUAAAUGUAGUGGAAUAAAUAGAUUUACUAUUUAUGAAGAUAAAGUGGAGGAAGGAGAAAAAUGUAGUUUCUCAUCCUCUGACACUCUGUCCCUCCAUAUUUACAAGGAUGCUGUUUGGAUGUGUUGAUUCAGUAUCAUGCAUGAGUAUUUAUAUUAAUGUCAUUAUUUUUUAAUUUGCUGCAAAAGCAUGAAUGGUCUGUUUGGAAUUGCCAAUGCCACAGUUACAGUAAUUUUUGUCAUUAGUUUUAAACAUAUUUAUUAAUUGUAGCUGUAACUGCAGUGACGAGAACUGCAGAUGUGGAGAAAAAAAAAAUAGCUUAACGGUUUUCAUAAGUGUUUAAUCAUGUGAGUUAUUAGUUGUUGGUUUUGUUUCAAUUUUAAACCUAAUUACAGAUGUUCACCUGUUUAUGAACUAACUUUAUCAAAUGUCAUACCUGUCUGCAAGUGUGUCUUUAGUAAGCAGAUUUUUGCAUUCAUGACGGAAAAGCAUUUGUUACUCAUCACAAAUAUUAGUUGCUUUAUGUAUGGAUUAUUUAUGUAAAAAUCAGAAAAACUGUAUUUGAUUCAUAUAUACAGAAUAAUUUAAUCUAUUAUAUAUAUGUGUGUGUGUGUGUUUAUAUAUACAAAUAUAAAUAUAUGUACUGCAUAUAUAUGUACAACAAGAAAUAUAUAUCUUCCUAUUGCCAAAGUAGAGAUGAUUUGACGGCUUGAGAAAAGAAAGGUCAUUCAGGACAAGAAAAUGAGCAAGAUGACUGUUCAUUAGCAAUUUAUUUUCUUAUUGCAUUUUCAUUCUUAGGUUUUGUUUUUUUAUUUUUAUUUAUAUGAUUUUUUUUUGUCAGUUUUUUUUAUCUGUAUUUUCCUCUCAUUGGUACCAUCUUAAAGUGGUUAGUGUAUUACAUUUUUGUUAUACAUUAAUGAACAGGAAGGCUUGUUUGCAAGUAACGAGGGAGAUUGUGUUGAUGUGUAAAGUCUACGGAACUUUACAAAGGCGAAGAAAUUAUUACUUCAGUGCAAUGCAGCAAAGAUUAAGAUCAUCCUCUGUACUUGAAGUACUCUGUAUAAUUGUAUGUUGUAUACCUCUAGUAAAUAUAUUUUGUACAAACUUUUAA